UUGAAAUAUUUGUUGAAUAUUUACUUAUUUUUUUUAAGCAAUAUAAGAUCAACAUUGUAUGUUAUGUCUAAUCAAGUGGGAAAUGCUCCAAUUGAAUGUAAAAUGGAUCAACAAUCCGAUAAGGAACUAACAGAAGAGGAACUUGCAGAGUUCUAUAAAACCCUCUCCAGCUUCGACAUGCUGCCUUUGUUUGAACGCCAGUACGAUGCUUUCUUGCGUACGCGGAAGUACUCUUUGAAGAACAACGAGAAACUCCGCGAGCGGUGGCAUGACCGGCUGUGGGGUAAAACGGUGCGGGGCAGGACGACUUUGCCUAAGGUCACCAGCGACGAACACUUCCACAACUGCCGUAUCAAGCUACUGGCAUCGCAGUCACCGGCCAACUUCCCGACGUUGCGUCGUCACCUAGUGCCUGGGCCUGGCGUUGACAAGUACGGCCAGAGACCUAUACCUGCAGACAUGAUGCUAAGAAAAACCGAAAACAAACGCAGUCGGAGUCCAGCUGGCAUUAGCAAAAACAAAGACAAAACACGGGUAAAACAGCCAGUGGCGUAGCGAAAACUAAAAACGCUGCAAUAGCGAGUUGGAAGUGCGCCCCAAAUGUAUUUGGUACUGAGCGAAACGUUGCGGCUCGCCUCGCUUUCAUCCCGCUAGUGUGAUAACGCCUUAAUCAGAUCGGUAUGUGGCCGAAGUCACAUAUGAAGUAGUUUUCUGCCAAUGUGCGUUCCCAUGCUAUUAAAAAAAAAGAUACAUAGAUCAAGCAACAUAAGUGUACUAAGGUGUAGGUAUACCUAUACCUAGGUUUGCCUGCUUAUGAGCUAUUGGUACCAUAGAUACCUAAUAGUAGUAGAUGUAGGUACAUUUAAGGUAUUUAAAUAUCGACACGGAUGUGACAACAAUAGGUACUUAGCCACAAUCGCAAUCAGAUGUAUCAAGUUCAUUGUCAAGGCGUUAUUGUGCCUGAAAGAGAUAUUAUUGAGCACCUCGAUAACUCCGAUGUAUUUACCUAUAAAUAUCUGAUGGCCGCUGUAUAUGUUGUAUGGUCAAUGAGGUCGUGUUCUAUCCGUGAGGAUAAUAUACCCUAGCAAACACUUACGAGAAUAACUGUGGACCUUAAGUCCUUUCAGAAAAGGUCAAUCGUAAGUAAAUUAUGUGCGAUGGUAGGUACCUAGCGAUAAGUAUUGUGGUAUGUGGUAAUGACAUUCUUUCGGUCCUCCAGGCGGGCAAGUAAAGUUGCGUGAUAUGGUGUAUCGCGACCGUGCGUCUUUUUCGCACCCGUUCCGUAAGUGGGAAAGGGAUGCACCGACGCGAUAGUUUAUAUCACGCUAGUGUGCUAUGCCCUCUGGCCGUUGAUCUUCCAGUUUUAAGAUUAGGCAUAUUUGUAGUUGUAUUUUUAAUUUUAUUGUAACUAAUUUAAUAGGUAAUUUAUCAAAGUGUUGCAAUCUUGAAAUAAAAAUGCAUAUUACACAAA